CCUGCUUCUUGCCCCGCCCCCUCUAGUGUCAACAAUGGCAGCCGAGGGAGAUUUUCUGAUGCGCUACCGGGCUGUAUCAAAUAAACUGAAAAAGCGUUUUCUUCGGAAGCCUAAUGUGGCGGAAGCAAGUGAACAGUUUGGUCAGCUGGCUAAGGAGCUGAAACAGCAGGACUGUCCUCAAUAUGCUGCCUUCUGUAAUCUAGCCAUGGCCCGUUGUGAGCAGACUCUGUUCAACGCCCCAGGAGAAGCCCUGGCUCUGACCGACGCCGCCCGACUCUUCUUGGCUUCUGAACAGGAAACCAGAGCGCUGGGAGCUCCCGGCUUUGAUGAGAACAUGCAGGCAGCAAUGAACUGCUAUAGUUUUGCCAUCAAGGUCUAUAUUGAGAUGAAUCAGCCUGUUAUGGCCGCCAGUCUCUCACUGGAGCUUGGCAAUGCUCUAAAGGAGAUGAACAGACCAGCGGAGGCCAUAGUUCAUUUUCAGAGGGCCGCAGAGCUGCAGAUUCAAACUCCAAUCGAGUCGCUGCUGUCGCUGUGGGAGAUGGCCUCCUGCAAAAUACUGACCCGUGACUACGACGGGGCUCUUGCUGUGCUCUCUGAGAUGCAGCACAUGUGUCAAGAGAGAGGACUACAGCUACCCGGCACCAACACCCCUGUCGGUGCGUUUAUGGAUUUCAUAGCAAAGUGUGAGAUCUCCAGAGUAUUACUGCUUAUGCUGCUUGAGCCUCCCCCUCAGAAACUGUUACCUGAGCAUGCUCAAACGCUCGAGCGAUACGCCUGGGAGUCAUUCGACUCGCACAGUCAGGUAAACUUCCUCCCAGAGAAUGUGUUCCUCCUACUGCAGUCAGUCGUGAUGGCUUGUCAGGAGAAGGACACGGAAUCUUUAAAGGCUCUGCAGACAGAACUGUGGCCUCUGCUUUCGGCAGAACAGAAUCAUCUUCUACACUUAGUGGUGCAGGAGAGAAUUACACCCUCCGGUCAGGGUAUAUAAUCCCCCCACCCAAAAAUGUCAUUUUGGAACAUUCCCAUGCCAGUGCCUGGUGCGUUUUGCAUGAGAACUCUAGAAGAUCACUGGACCUUUCAGAACUGUACAUACACUUGUGAGAAAAUCUACCAUUCCUUUAAUAGCAUGAGAAUUGAUCUAGCUUCUAUAAUCUAUGUUAACUGAUAUCCUCCAUUUUGAAUCCAUUUCGUAGAUUGAUGUUAUAUAUUAUUUAAAGUUGU